AAAUUAAAAAUAAAUGUUAGGACAUAAAAAGAUUAAAUCUGAAGAUAAACCAUUAAAAGAAGAAAAAUUAAAUUCAACAAUUAAGUGGAAAAAAGACAAUAAAAAUAAUAAAGAUAAUAAGAAUCAAUAAAUUAUUGAAGAAGCAUUUCAUUAAGAAUAAAAUUUAAUUUAAUUAUGUACUUAAUUAUGGGAUGAAUUUUCCAAUGGUUAGAAUAAAAAAAUAUCUAAAUUAAUUAACUAUUUUUUAUAUUUCUAAAGAAAAAAAAGGUUAAAAAUUAAAAGUUGGAUAAGUAUGCUAAAAACUAUUAAUUAAUUAAGAAAAAUUUUUUUAAGUAGAAUUUCGUCAAAAUCAUCGUAGUAUUGAAUUUCAAGAAGAAAGUGAGUAGGAAAAAGCAAUUAAAUUAUUCGAAAAUCCUCUAGAAUAUAGUCGUAAAGCAAUAUAAUUGGAAAAAAGAGAAAAUUAGCAUUUACAUAAUUAUGAUUAAGCUUAAGCAGAGUUUUUUUUAAAAUAUAAAAAUGUAUAUGAUACAGAUGAACUUAGAGAUUAAGAAUAUGAAGAUCAAUAAGUUACUUAUGAUAAUUAUGAAGGAAAAAAUUAAAGCAAAAAAUAAGUCAAAAUUUAAGAAAAGCAACAACAGAAGAAAUAAACAGUAUAAAGUUUUUUAUAAGGACAAAUGAAUAAAAGCAUAUAAAACUGUAAUUACUGUGUUUCUAAUAAUAAAUUAUUAUCCGAACAAAUAAUAUCUUUAGGUUAUUAAACAGCUUUUAUAUUUCCUAAUAAAUAAAGAUAUGAAAAUAUAUUUCAUGGAUAAAUAAUACCUUUUGAACAUUAUUCAAGUUUAACAGAAUUAGAUGAUGAUGUUUUAUAAGAAGUAAGAAAUUUUUAAAAAUGUCUUGUAAAUUGUUUCGAUAAAAAAGACAUGGAAGUGCUAUUUUUUGAAAAUGCAGCACAUAUUAAAAAAAAUCCGCAUUUAGUAUUAGAAUGUAUAGUUUUACCUAGAAAAUCUACGGGAGAAUUAUGUGCUUAUUUCAAGUAAGCAAUGGAAAACAUGGAAUCAGAAUGGAAUACACAUAAAAAAAUUUACGUAAUUAAAAAAGAAUAAGGAGGUAUUUAGAAAUAAAUUCCUAAAGGAUUCCCUUAUUUUUAUGUAGAUUUUAACCUUUCUUUCGGAUAUGCUCAUGUUGUGGAAAAAGUAAAAUAAUUUUCAAAUGAUUUUGCUCAUGAAAUUAUUUGUCAGAUUCUUAAUAUUGAAAAACUUAAAGUACUAAAUCCAUAAAAAUUAAAUAAAGAACAGUUAGAAAAUAAAAAAAAGGAAUUUAAAAAAAUAUGGAACGAAUAUGAUUGGACAAAAAUGUUAUGA